GCUUGUCAAACCACAGAUGCGAGCAAGUGGGAGCUUGCCAUGAAGGACGAGAUGAAGUCCUUGAUCUCAAAUCAGACAUGGGAACUAGUCAAGUUACCCAUGGGAAAGAAAGCGCUUCACAACAAAUGGGUGUCUCGGGUGAAGGAAGACCAUGAUGGUUCCAAGAGAUACAAAGCUCGACUGGUUGUCAAAGGAUUUCAGCAGAAAGAAGGAGUUGACUAUACUGAAAUCUUUGCUCCAGUUGUAAAGCUCAAUACUAUCAGGACUGUGCUAA